GUAUGCUCGGCCGCGGGGAACAACAAUAGGAGACAGUAUCCUACUGAUAGUACUUUUAAACGCAGCUGCGAGGAAUCUACAUCGAUUAAAUCUUUCUGUGUUUUCUUCAACACUCAGGGCUACAGACUCACUACCCUAAAACACUACGUCGAUUGUUUCAGUUGCUUUGAGGCAUUGCUGAUCCCCAGUCCUCGUUUCCGACACCGCCUCCUUUACCACCUUCGCGGCUAACCCGGCCCCAUACUUGCGGCAUUUGUUUGACCCCUCCGCGCAACCACCCUUGACUAUUCAAGAUACAGCUACUUGUCAUACUCUACACUCGUCAUUUCUCAAGAACAACCAACCAUGGCUGACGAAGGCGCUUCCCCCCGUGAACUAGUCGUAGAGGCCUGCCGUCGAGAUCAGCCUCAUUUGAUAGAGAGUGUCCUGGAGCGUAUGGAAGGAAAGUCGAAUGAAGAAGUGGCCGAAUUUUUCAACGGUGUGACGGAUUCGAUGGGGAACCACGCUCUUCACAUAUGUGCUACGUACGGUAGCUACGACGUUAUGGACGCCCUCUUCGAUAUUCAGUACUUCGAAUGCGACCCCCUCACCCGUCUGGACAAAGAUACCCCGCUGCAUACCGCCGUGCGUUAUGCGAACGAGAAAGACGCCGAAUUAGGCGAGGCAAUGAUCAAGAUGAUGUGCGAAGCCGGUUGUGAUCCGCGUGUCAGGAACAAGCACGGUCAGAAACCAGCUGAGCUCGUCUACAAUAACCAGGAGAUCAAGACCACGCUACAGCAAGCAGAGUACAUCAUGGCGGAGGGGCUAAGGGAGGAUGCGGACAAUGGAUCGGUUCACGACAGCGCCAGUGACAGCGAAUAGACGGCAACAACUGUGUAUAGCGACUUUUUUGAUCAUAGAUAUACCACUGAUGAUUACUUUGUUCCUGUAUUCGAAGCAUAGAUGGCUGUUCGGAUGCAUGCGGCCAGUCCGCGGGUCUAAUAUGAAUUCUUGUUAAACCAUCAGUGGUGUUUUGGGCUGGCACCAACUAUGAUCUUCUUCCAUACCAGGCGAGCAAUCUAUGCAAGUCACGAACCAUAAUCAACGGGUAUCAUUCAGACAGAAUUUAGCUAGCAACAAUACAACAAGCGACAAGUCAUCAC